AUCCAACACAUACAAAUACCGUACCCCGCUGUCUUCUUUACCUUCAUCAACAGACCAGGGCACAAGUCGAGCGAAUCUGUCUCUCAACUCCCUGAUCUCAGUCAGGAAGGACAACACCACCAACAACCACCACAAACCAAGUCAACAAUGUCAAACCUCACCUUCAACUGCGCCCUCAUCACCGGCGGCGGCGGCGGCCUCGGCAAAGCCAUCGCCAGCUACCUUCUGCGCAAGGGCAAGAAAGUCAUCAUCGCCGGACGCACCGAGCACACCCUGCGGCAAACCGCCCAAGAGAUCGGGGCGACCGACUACUUCGUGCUGGACACGGGGGUUGUCUCGCAGAUCCCGGCCUUCAUCCGCAGCCUAACGGCCAAAUACCCCGAGGUCGACUGCCUGAUCAACAACGCGGGCGUGCAGCGCCCGUUGGAUGUGCUCGAGGACGCGCCCUCCGACUUUCUGGCCAAGGCCGACCAGGAGAUCGACAUCAACAUCCGCGGGCCCAUGCACCUGACGCUAGGCCUGCUGGAGCAUUUUCGGACACACCCGCACGGCGCGACGAUCAUGAAUGUUUCAUCUAUCUUGGCGUUCGUGCCGUUCUCCGUCAUCAACCCGGUGUACAAUGGCACCAAGGCGUGGUUGCACUUCUGGUCGAUGACGCUGCGCACGCAGCUGGAGAAAGGCGGGUAUGAGGGCAUCAGGGUCGUGGAAGUCGUGCCACCCUCCGUGGGGACGGAUCUGCAUCGCGACCGGUCGGAUCCGGAUGAUAAUAAGAAGCAUAAUAAUCCGAGUGCGUUGACGGUGGAGGAGUUUAUGGAGUUUUUUAUCAGGGGGUUGGAGGGUGGGCAGAGUGUUAUUGCGCCGGGGGCGAGUCAGAAGGUCGUUGAUCAGUGGUAUGCGCAGUUUGGGGGGAUGUAUGAUAAGCUUGCUGGGGAGCAUAAGAAAUGAUUGGGAUGGCACGGAUGUUUAGGAAACAUAGAGGGGAGUUUUGGAAUCUGGGUUAGAACAAUGAAAGUAAAUAUUAGCGCUGCAUUUCUGCAAACUGUUCUGCGGAGAAGCAUAG